GCAAGCGGUGGCGGAGCUGUUUCGGUGGGCUCCCGUGUUUCCGCAAACCCAAAGGCGGCAAGAGGNGUCUCCCCUCCCGUCUUCUCCACCUACACAACCGAGCCCUCCACUGCCCCCGUCACCCCUCCGCCAGAACUCGCUCACUAUCUCACCACCACCCCUUCCUCGCCGGAAGUUCCGUACGCUCAUUUCCUGUCCAAGUCUGGUCCGGCAACAAGCCAUAAUUUACCACCGGCCAACGACCUUCAGGCCACGUACUCCAACUUCUUCUGCCCGGAGACGUUCGCGCAGUUCUACGUGGACCAGUCUUCGGCUGGUGGUCGGUUGAGUAUUUCUCGGGAGACGGAGGCUUACUCCAAUGGGAAUAGGUCCGUCAGGGUUAUGAAACCCGAUGCGGAGGAGUUGGAGGCUUACAGGGCUUCUUUUGGGUUCAGUGCCGACGAGAUCAUCACGACGGCUCAGUAUGUUGAGAUAUCUGAUGAUGUGUUGGAGGAUAAUUUUACGCUUAACACGAACAAGUCUGUUGGGGGUGACGAGCGUGUGUUGACUGGACAAGGGAAAGGGAAAGGGCAAGAUGAUGUUUCGCUUAGUCCGGGGCUCGGUUUCGGUGGUGCUCAUGGUGGGGAUAAAGUUGUUGAAGAUCAAGCUCCACAGAAACAGAAUGGAGAUGUUUCCAGACGAACGUUACCGAAUUCCCAAUCUCCGAGUGAUGAUGAUGAGGACAUAUUCUCUAAGAUGGGAGCACCAAAUCGCAAAAGCCAUUUUGGUUCGUCAAACUCCGAUGCUGAAAUUGAGUACAGGAGGGGUAGAAGCCUGAGAGAAGGAUGGAGAAACUGUUAA